GUUCUUGCCAAUACUGCCACGAUGGUGAGGUUUCCAUGCUUCAAUGCUCACAGUCACCACUACAAUUCAAAGCUAAGAAGCAGAACUUCAGGCUGACACUUAAAUUUAGGAAUAUUAAUCCAAGUUCAGGUUCUUGGCUUUUCUUGACUUGUUUUUACCUAUCAGAAAACAGUCCAACAUCUGUUGAGGCAAUGCAUAAAACUUCAGAAGAAGCAUCUGAAGUAAAAGUGAAAAAAGGUUCACCUAAGGUUGCAGUUCUAUCAUUCUUGCCAGAAAAACGAGAUGCUCUGAUUCAUCUUAAUGCAAGUGCAACACCUGUUACAAGUACCGCUUUGGAAGGAAUGAAGGGUGAAUGUAGCAUUCACAGCAAAAAUGCUGGAGAAGAUGAGAGUGAUCAUGGAUUUUCUUCCCAAAAUAUAUUGGUGGCUCUAGAUGGCAGGAAUCAUCUGGCUAGUCAUCAUCAUUAUUCUCUGGACUCAGAAUCUGUUCAUGUAAGUUCUGAUAUUGUCAAUGAAGAAUUGAUUUUCUCGAUUGGAGAUCCUCAUCAUUCUGAUAAGGAAGCCCAUGAAAAUUCUGAUUCUCCACUAUGUGCUGAUUUUGCCAAUGACUCUGGUGACCACACACCACCUACUGGACAUUUAAUUGUAAAAUCAUGUUCCAUGCUAAACAUCCUUUCUUCUGGCCCCACUUUCACAGGAUGUUCUCCUAAAUAUUUAGCUCCUAGUUCAAGAUCUUCAGAGGACCUACAGGUUCUUGAAAUGCGUCAUUAUUCUGCUUUAACAAAAGAUUGGGUACUGCCGAUUACAGAUGAGGUAAAGUCAGUGAAGAACCUUCAAGAACAGUUAUCAACCAAAUGCUGGGAUGAAGCAAUUAGCAGUGAUUUUAAGUUCAAGCAAAUUGAGGAAUGGGUCAAUGAUAUUCAACACUACAGCUCAGUAGAAGAAACAGAUGACUUGUUCCAUUCUAAUGAUGAUGUUAACAGAGAACCCUCUUCCAUGAAUGGUUUGACUGUCACAAGGGCAGCUAGCGUAACUGCUGGUGCUCUUCCUCGAGGCCUCCACAUACUGAAUCUGUCAAAGAACAAUAUCUCAACCAUUGGGGGUUUGCGUGGACUUACACAGCUUCGUGUGCUAGAUUUGAGCUAUAAGCAUAUAUUAAGAAUUGGUCAUGGUUUGGCUUCUUGUUCCUCCCUGAAAGAGCUCUACUUGGCCGGAAACAGAAUUUGUGAGGUGGAGGGUCUUCAUCGUCUCUUAAAACUGACUGUGCUAGACCUGCGUUUCAACAAAAUCUCUACAAACAAUUGUCUUGGCCAACUUGCAGCAAACUAUAACUCGUUGCAAGCAAUCAGCUUAGAAGGAAACCCAGCCCAGAAGAAUGUUGGAGAUGAACAACUGAAGAAAUAUGUGCGAGGCCUUCUUCCACAUUUGUCCUACUUCAACCGCCAGCCUAUUAAAAUCAGCACUUUGAAGGAUUUUGCUGAUCGUUCAGUUAGGCUAGGCAUUGGAGGUUCCCUUCAGUUUGAUUGUAGCCUUCGAUCAGACCACAAGGUUUCACAGAAGAGUGGCCAUGUAGGGACUCACAGACAACCAUCUACAUCAACUCGUGGUCCUAAGAAACAAGCUGUGGUUUCAACUAUCCAAUCUAGAGGCAGGCGCGGCUGCAUGUCACCUUCUGUUGGAGCUAGAGCAGCUGCCAAUCAUAGGCAUCAUUAUUUUGAUUUUGGUAGCAAACUUCUGAACCUCAAGUCAGAACUUUCGAUCCGAAGGUCCUAAAGCGAAGAAACUCUGGGGCCUCUCCGAGAUGACUUUCUUUGCUUUAUACAGUGUGGUUACAACGCUGUCCUUUCUAGUUAUGUGGCUAUUGAUCAAUAAAAAGUUGUCACUCAAGAUACCUGAUGUGAACAGCAUAGUUUUCGAUUUCAUUCUUACCAUAGAUUCAAAUGGGUGUCCUUGUUGUUUCCCAUGAAAUUGUUAUUCAUGGCAAACAUUGAACAUCAUUAUUUUGUUCAGUUGAUUGUGUGGAUAUUUCAUGUUAAAAUUUUGCCUCACUAUUUUAUUAUAGAGUUUUCAAGUUUAGAUUGUACAUCAUCUUCAAAAGUAAAUGGUUGACAUCUAUGAUGGGGUCUCCACCUUACAGCAUGAGCUUCUUGAUGGCUACCUGCGACUUCUGCAAGUUUUGUUUCGAGUAUGCCAUUACCGUAGCAUAUUCUGUGUUACUCAAUAGACUCAAUACUCAUCA